CUCAACAUCUGCCAUAUCUCCAGGUAAUUGCCCAUUUAGUCCAGGGAUUUGUUACUUACUUCCCGAGCUCCAAUCGUGCUUUGACCGAACUCGAGCUGACCUCCGAUUUCGCGACAUCAACAGUUACCCCUCCAUCGCCCCGCUUACCCUUCGAUCUUCGAUCCCAAAGUCAAGAUGGUCAAAGCUGUCGUUGCCGGUGCCUCGGGCGGAAUUGGACAGCCGUUGUCGCUGCUCCUGAAGCUCUCUCCCCUCGUUAGCGAGCUCGCCCUUUACGAUGUCGUCAACACCCCCGGUGUCGCCGCCGACCUUUCGCACAUCUCCUCCAAUGCCAAAACCACUGGCUACCUUCCCGCCAACGACGGUGCUAAGGCUGCCUUCAAGGAUGCCGACAUCAUCGUCAUCCCCGCGGGCAUUCCCCGCAAGCCCGGCAUGACCCGUGACGACCUGUUCAACAUCAACGCCGGUAUCGUCAAGGGCCUCAUCGAGGUGGCCGCCGAGGUCGCCCCCAAGGCCUUCAUCCUCGUCAUCUCCAAUCCCGUCAACUCGACCGUCCCCAUCUCGGCCGAGGUUCUCAAGGCCAAGGGCGUCUUCAACGCCCAGCGCCUGUUCGGUGUCACCACCCUCGACAUUGUCCGUGCCGAGACCUUCGUUGCCGAGAUCGCCGGCAAGAGCAACCCCCAGGAGCUGAACGUGCCCGUCAUCGGCGGCCACUCCGGCGAGACCAUCGUCCCGCUCUUCAGCAAGGUCGCUCCCGCGGUCAAGAUCCCGGAUGACAAGUACGAUGCCCUCGUCAACCGCGUUCAGUUCGGCGGUGACGAAGUCGUCAAGGCCAAGGACGGCCUCGGCUCUGCCACUCUCUCGAUGGCGUAUGCCGGCUACAGGUUCGCCGAGAAGCUCCUCAAGGCCGUCGCGGGCGUCAAGGGCCUCGUCGAGCCCAGCUACGUCUACCUCCCCGGCAUUCCGGGCGGCGAGGAGAUUGCCAAGAAGACUGGCGUCGAUUUCUUCUCGGUCCCCGUCGAGCUUGGUCCCAACGGUGCCGAGAAAGUCGUCGACAUCCUCGGCGACAUUACCGAGAAGGAGGAGACGCUGCUCAAGAAGGCGGUCGAGGGCUUGCAGGACAACAUCAAGAAGGGUGUCGACUUUGCCCACAACCCUCCCCAGAAGUGAAUACCCACCCCCUAGUUCGUGAUGGCAAAAUUACCCCCUUUUGUUGCCCUGCGAGGCAGUGGCAUUUUUGCGAGGCAGCCGCGGUGGGCUUGCAGUUAGUCCGAGCCGUCGUGGCCGGUAGAGCAAAAAUAGAAAUGCUUUUUUGCUUCUCCCGUAUAUCGAGAUCAGGUGGCUAAUUGGUGUUUCCAUUUCUUUAGGUUGUAAGCGUUCACGCUGGACGCGUGGGGCGUGACUUGGGCCCAUUAACAACUCGUCGGCAAGCACCACAAGAGAGGGAAACAGGCAACUGAUAACCACUGGCGGCCACAACCGGCCGGAAGGGGGAGGGAAGGGGGACGCUUUUGGCGAGCAUGUCAUGUUCUAUUACCGAACGCCGGGUAUACCUGGAAACACAAAAUCUAAACACU